UUGGGAUAUGCGCGGUAUGUGUUGCGAUGUGGUUUGGAUGAGGCCGGCAGCUGGUCUCAAGGACCGCAUUGUCGUUGCCAUUGUGAACGUUGCGCGCGCAGUCGAAUAUGGGAUUUUUUUUUUCUUUUCUGUAUACCAAAGAGUGCCGUGGAGGUCCGGAACGGUGGAGAUGUUGUCGCUUGCGAGUCCAAGCGUAGGUCGAGGUCUUGGAUACAAAAGUCUAGAGUCGAGUCGAGUCGUUGGUAG